GGGCAGCUCGCCCAGGCUCCGGGCAGAGAGAGGGAGGGAGCGCAGGCCGCGGGAGCCGGAUGGAGACCAGCAGCCCGCGGUCCCCGAGGUCCAGCCCCAGUCCGGGGCUCAGCCUGGACGCCCGGCUGGGCGUGGAAACGCGCCUCUGGGCCAAGGUGCUGUUCACCGCGCUCUACUCGCUCAUCUUCGCGCUGGGCACCGCGGGCAAUGCGCUGUCCGUGCACGUGGUGCUGAAGGCGCGGGCCGGCCGCCCGGGGCGCCUGCGCUACCAUGUGCUCAGCCUGGCGCUCUCCGCGCUGCUGUUGCUGGUGGUCAGCGUGCCCAUGGAGCUCUACAACUUCGUGUGGUUCCACUACCCCUGGGUCUUCGGCGACCUGGGCUGCCGCGGCUACUACUUCGUGCGCGAGCUGUGCGCCUACGCCACGGUGCUCAGCGUGACCAGUCUGAGCGCCGAGCGCUGCCUGGCGGUGUGCCAGCCCCUGCGUGCCCGCCGCCUGCUGACGCCGCGGCGCACCCGCCGCCUGCUGUCGCUGGUCUGGGCCGCCUCGCUGGGCUUCGCCCUGCCCAUGGCCAUCAUCAUGGGCCAGAAGCACGAGCUGGAGACGGCGGGCGGAGAGCCAGAGCCCUCCUCGCGCGUGUGCACUGUGCUGGUGAGCCGCGCCACACUCCAGGUCUUCAUCCAGGUGAAUGUGCUGGUGUCCUUCCUGCUCCCCUUGGCACUGACCACUUUCCUGAAUGGGGUCACCGUGAGCCACCUGAUGGCCCUCUACUCCCAGGUGCCAUCAGCUUCUGCCCCAGGCAACUCCAUGCCCAGCCGCCUGGAGCUACUGAGCGAGGAGGGUCUCCUGGGCUUCAUCACAUGGAGGAAGACCCUCUCCCCUGGGGGCCACCCCAGCCUGGUGAGACACAAGGAUGCCGGCCAGAUCCGCAGCCUCCAGCACAGCGUCCGGGUUCUCAGAGCCAUCGUGGCGGUGUACGUGGUCUGCUGGAUGCCAUACCACGCCCGCAGGCUCAUGUACUGCUACGUCUCUGAUGAGGCGUGGACCGACGCUCUCUAUGACUUCUAUCACUACUUCUACAUGGUGACCAACACGCUCUUCUACGUCAGCUCCGCAGUGACACCUGUCCUGUGCAGCGCCGUGUCCUCCUCCUUCAGGAGGCUCUUCCUGGAGUCCCUGAGUGCCUUGUGUGGCCAACACCACCCCAUGGAGCCGUUGCCCCCGGAAGCCCCAGAGUCCCACCCCAGUGGGUACAGCUUCAGGCCUUGGGGAUCCUCCCGAUCCCCUGACCUGGAUGAGAUACAAGCAUGA